AUGAAGAGAAAAUCUGCUUCUGAUGAGUCGUUUAACGACUUACUUCAGCCGGUGUACAAAGGAAAGAAAUUGACUGAUCCAAUCAGCACUGCCAAAGACAAGUGGAACUUACUUCCUGCAUUUUUGAAAGUAAAGGGGCUCGUCAAGCAGCAUUUAGAUUCAUUUAACUACUUUGUGGAUGUGGACUUGAAAAAGAUCAUUAAGGCAAAUGAAUUGGUACUCUCUGAUGUGGACCCUGAGUUUUAUCUCAAAUAUCUUGACAUCAGAGUUGGUCACAAGCUGACGUCACCUCCAGGGACCAAGGAAUUGUUCCUCCCACCCCACGAAUGUAGAUUGAGAGACUUGACUUACUCGGCUCCAAUUUACGUCGAUGUAGAAUAUACCAGAGGUAGAAAGAUCAUCAUGCACAAGGACUUGGAAAUCGGAAGAAUGCCAAUCAUGUUGAGAUCAGAGAAAUGUAUUUUAGAAGGACUCACAGAGCAAGAAAUGGCCAGAUAUGACGAAUGUCCUUUAGACCCUGGUGGAUAUUUUAUUGUGAAUGGUACUGAGAAGGUUAUAUUGAUUCAAGAACAGUUGAGUAAAAAUAGAAUUAUUGUGGAAGCUGAUGAGAAGAAGGGAAUCGUACAAGCGUCAGUCACUUCGUCCACUCAUGAAAGAAAGAGUAAAACAUAUAUCAUAACCAAGAACGAUAAGAUCUACUUGAAGCACAACUCUAUUAGUGAAGAUAUUCCGAUUGUCAUUGUCUUGAAGGCUGCUGGUAUUACGUCUGAUUUAGAAAUUUUACAAUUGGUUUGUGGUAACGAUGCUCAGUACCAAGAUUUAUUUGCCAUUAACUUUGAAGAAGCAGCAAAGUUGGAUAUUUUCACCCAAAACCAGGCUUUGAAUUAUUUGGGUAAAAGAGUCAAGACUAUCAGAAGAGCAGGGGCACCAAAGUUGCUGACAUUCCAAGAAGGUGUUGAAGCCAUUGCAACAACCAUUAUUGCCCAUUUGACCGUAUCAGACUUGCAGUUCAGAAGCAAAGCCAUUUACAUAGCAACCAUGGCACGUCGUGUCUUGAUGACUAUGCACAACCCAAAGAUGGUUGAUGACAGAGAUUAUGUUGGUAAUAAAAGAUUGGAAUUGGCGGGACAAUUGAUGUCUUUACUUUUCGAAGAUUUGUUCAAGAGAUUUAACUCUGAUUUCAAGUCAAGUAUCGACAAAGCUUUAAAGAAGAAUAAUAGAACAUCUGAAUUCGACGCCUUAUUGUCUAUAAACAUUCAUUCUAACCAUAUUACUAUGGGGAUGAACAGAGCCAUUUCUACAGGAAAUUGGUCUUUGAAGAGAUUCAGAAUGGAAAGAGCAGGUGUCACUCAUGUUCUUUCAAGACUUUCGUACAUCUCAGCAUUGGGUAUGAUGACUAGAAUUUCAUCUCAAUUCGAGAAAUCUAGAAAAGUUUCUGGACCUCGUGCCUUACAGCCGUCUCAAUUUGGUAUGUUGUGUACGUCUGAUACACCUGAAGGUGAAGCCUGUGGGUUGGUGAAGAACUUGGCACUUAUGACACAUAUCACCACUGACGAUGAAGAAUUGCCAGUCAAGAAAUUAUGUUAUGUGUUAGGUUGCGAAGAUAUUCUCUCCAUUGACAGUGCCAAUUUACAUCAACCAGGUAACUAUGGUGUCUACCUUAAUGGUACCUUGAUGGGUACCACCAAAUUUCCUAUUAAAUUUGUACUGAAUUUCAGAUCUCUUAGAAGAAACGGGAAAAUAUCUGCAUUUGUCUCCAUUUAUGCUAAUUCUCAUCAGCAGGCAGUCCACAUUGCCACGGAUGGGGGAAGAAUUUGUAGACCAUUGAUUAUUGUUCAAAAUAAUACUCCAAAGGUGAGAGCAAGUCACUUGAAGAAGCUUCUUGAUGGGGAAUGGGUUUUUGAUGAUUUCUUAACUCAUGGAUUGGUUGAAUAUUUGGAUGUCAAUGAAGAAAACGAUUCCUUGAUUGCAUUAUACGAAGAUGACCUCAUCAAUAGUACUAUUGAGGGUACAUUCACUCACUUGGAAGUUGAACCUUUCACUGUAUUGGGGGCAGUUGCGGGCUUAAUUCCUUAUCCACACCAUAACCAAUCUCCAAGAAACACAUAUCAGUGUGCUAUGGGUAAGCAAGCAAUAGGUGCUAUUGCAUAUAACCAGUUCCGUAGGAUAGAUACUUUGCUUUACUUCAUGGUAUAUCCUCAGCAACCUAUGGUUAAAACAAAAACUAUUGAAUUAAUAGACUAUGAUAAGUUGCCAGCAGGACAGAAUGCUACUGUUGCUGUUAUGUCUUAUUCUGGUUACGAUAUUGAAGAUGCUUUAGUGUUGAACAAAUCAUCUAUUGAUAGAGGCUUUGGUAGAUGUCAAGUGGUCAGAAAGAAUACAAUUACUUUGAAAAGAUAUCAAAAUCAUACUAAAGAUAUCGUUUCAGGUAUGAGAGUGGAUGAAAAUGGAGAACCAAUUUUCCCACACGCAUCAUUGGGCCCAGAUGGAUUAGGAGAAGUCGGUAUGAGAGUGGAAAGUGGUCAAGUAUUUGUAAAUAAAUCUGUUCCAAACAAUACUUUAGAUAAUGUUUUAGGCGGACCAGGCGAUAGGUCAUCGCCAACACCAGCAGAAAGUCAUAGAGAAGCACCAUCGUACUAUAAAGGACCUGAACCUUCGUACAUUGAUCAAGUGAUGAUGUCAGUAUCUGAUAAUGAUCAAGCACUCAUCAAGGUUCUCCUUCGUCAAACUAGAAGACCUGAAUUGGGUGAUAAAUUCUCUUCCAGACACGGUCAAAAGGGUGUUUGUGGUAUCAUUGUUCAACAAGAAGAUCUUCCAUUUAACGAUGAUGGGGUGUGUCCUGAUAUAAUUAUGAAUCCGCAUGGUUUCCCAUCUCGUAUGACGGUUGGUAAGAUGAUUGAAUUGAUCUCGGGUAAGGCUGGUGUCUUAAAUGGAAGUUUAGAGUAUGGUACUUGUUUCGGGGGUUCAGAUCUCGAGGAAAUGUCUCAAAUCCUUGUUGAUAAAGGGUUUUCAUAUUCUGGUAAAGACAUGCUUUAUUCUGGUAUUACUGGUGAGUGCUUGCAAGCAUAUAUCUUUUUUGGUCCAAUAUAUUACCAAAAAUUGAAGCAUAUGGUCUUGGAUAAAAUGCAUGCUAGAGCAAGGGGUCCUCGUGCCGUCUUGACUAGACAACCUACUGAAGGUAGAUCUAGAGAUGGUGGUUUGAGAUUGGGUGAAAUGGAAAGAGAUUGUGUUAUUGCAUACGGUGCUUCACAAUUACUUUUAGAGAGAUUGAUGCUAUCUUCAGAUGCCUUUGAAGUUGAUGUUUGUAACAAUUGCGGAUUGAUGGGUUACAAUAGUUGGUGUAAGACAUGUCUGAGUUCUGAGUAUAUUAUUAAAAUGACAAUUCCGUAUGCCGCGAAGUUGUUAUUCCAAGAGUUACUUUCAAUGAAUAUUGCACCAAGAUUGAAGUUGGGGGAUGUGUUCUAG